AUGGAAUUCAUCCGCCACCCGGUAUUCCUGCGACGGAGUCAUUUGUUUUGGCCGGUGUCUACUCGAUCUCUUAGGAGCGCCACUCAUCUACAUGCCUGUCACACAGAGAAGACUCGGCAGUCUGAAGAUUGCAAAGCGAAAAGUCAAGUUUGUCAAAACAAGGACGUCGCAAACUCUCCAGUUCAGCCCCUUUCAACCCUCAGCUUCCGAUUCUGGGACUGCAGAUCCACAUGGAGGAGGGCAGGGGUCAAUACACUCCGCUGUCUAGUUGGCUGUACAACCGGAGAUUUCUCUGCGUUAUGGAUUCUGCAGACCUACUACCCUGAGCUGGGUAUGGGAAGCAUCAUGGCCAUGUCUAGUGAGUCACCCCUUGAAGCAAAUUGUAACAUUAUCUCGGGCCUGAGCACUGACAAUCUUGCAGUGGCAUCCGGAAUUACAACUUCAAUAAUCCUCGAGACAGUACUACUUCGCCGCGGGGCUGACCAGCUGUCUUGGCCAACUGCUGCUCGUACCGCCAUGGGAAUGAGUAUGGUGUCGAUGUUAGCCAUGGAGCUCGCAGAGAAUGCAGUCGACUACCAUCUCACCGGCGGUAUGGUCGCAUUUGAUGACCCAAGGUUCUGGCUGGCAGCAGUUGUUUCAAUGGGUGCUGGGUAUCUGGCACCGUUGCCGUACAACUACCUGCGCCUACGCAAGUAUGGCAAAGCGUGCCAUUGA